GGGGAGGCCCCGCGCCCGCGCCCGCGCCCGCGCCCGGCCCCCGGCGGCGCCCGGGGCCGCCCCUGCCCGCCCGGCGGCGGCGGCGGCGGCGGCGGCGGCGGCGGGGCGGCGAGGGCGGGCGGGCGCCCCGCCGGCGGCGGCGAUGGCGAGGCGGCGGCGGCGGCUGCUGCUGCUGCUGCGCUGCCUCCUGCUGGGGCUGCUGGGCGGCGGCGGCGGCGGGCAGCGCGGCGGCGGCGAGUACUGCCACGGCUGGGUGGACGGGCAGGGCGGCUACCACGAGGGCUUCCAGUGCCCCGAGGGCUUCGACACGGCGGCCGCCACCAUCUGCUGCGGCUCCUGCUCGCUGCGCUACUGCUGCGGCGCCGCCGAGGCCCGCCUGGAGCAGGGCGGCUGCACCAACGACCGGGAGCCCCCGGACCCGGGGGUCGCCGCCCAACCAAUCUACGUCCCAUUCCUCAUUGUCGGAUCAAUAUUUAUUGCCUUCAUUAUUGUGGGCUCUCUGGUAGCUGUUUAUUGUUGCACAUGUUUAAGACCUAAACAACCAUCGCAGCCAAUACGAUUUUCUCUUCGGAGCUAUCAGACCGAGACCCUCCCCAUGAUCCUGGCUUCGACGAGCUUCAGGACGCCGUCGAGACAGUCCAGUACCGCCACGAGCUCCAGCUCCGCCGGCGGGUCGGUUCGCAGGUUCUCCGGGGCCCGGGCAGAGCCGGGAUGCCUGGUGGCGGCCCCACCUCCGCCCUACACCUCUGGCUGCUUCCAGGCAGCCCCUUCUGCCCACCUGCCUCAGCCCUCGGGCUUUCUGGUGUCGCCCCCGUACUUCGCGUACCCUGCCCAGCCAGAGCCUGCCCUGGGCGGGAAGAGCGGUGCCGAGUGUGGUCAGAGCUGAAAGGAGCUGUCGGGAGGCCGUGCCGGCCGCCCUCGGGAGCGCGAGGAGGACGCUGCUGGGUGCGUUUCGUGCUGACGGGCGCUGUGCUUGAGGGAGCGAGAGCCCUUCGAGCGGGUGAGUUGCCCUUGAAAAGUGCAAGGUCUCAUAGAAUCAGCCUUGUACGAAGAAACAUUUAGUUUAUUUUCCUGAACGCGGAAUUACUAUUCACAAUUACAAAUGAAUAUUAAAAGCUUAAUUGCUUUAAAAACUGACUACUCUGUCUGAUAGUUUGGUCUAAUUUGUACAAUAUUGAACAUAUUCAGAGACAGGUAGAAAAACUGUUCUGCGAUAAAAGUAUUCAUUUCAUAGUGUUAUAAACAAUAUUUUAACCCUAAAUGAUAUUAACUUAGUUAAUGAAGUGGCUGCGUUGCACAGGUCUAAUCGUCAGAAUAGCUCUGUAAAGCGGCAAUAUGAUUGAGAAGUAAGGGAGAAGUAAGACUUAUUAAGAGGAAGGGUGUGAGCAUCCUAAAAACAGCGGACUGCUUCCCAUGCCCAUGAGCAAUGAAAAUAUGAGGAAGUGCAUUGCUAUAGAUAUCCAAAUGUGUGGGGUUUUUUAAAUGCACUUGCUAUACCUGAAAUUACACUCCACACUUGCAUUAGUAAAUUACUAGUAAGGAAGAUAACAAUAUUUUAGUACUAAUUAGGCUAGUUGAAAACAUGGCAAUCUCAAGCAGCCAAAUAAUUAUAUAUGAGAAAAGCAGAAUGUAUUUAAUAAUAUCAUUAAUAACUUCUCAGCAUAAAAUUCUAAAAAUGGCAUUAUAUUAAAGCAUUUUUCAGAAGGAAGUAUUUAUUGUUGGCUUUUUGCUCCACAAACCUUUAUACAAUAACUUGGACAAACUGAUCUUAAAGUUGUAUUUGUAAAAUUAGCAAUGUAUAAAAUGUAAAGACAAACUUGUAAUUUAAAAUGUAUUUACAGCAUUGACAGCACUAAUUAUUUAGUAGUCACACUGAUAAUUUUUAUCAAUAAACUGUGCAGUGGAAA